CAGCUCGGAACUCGCCACACGCACCAUGGAGGCGCCCCCCGUAACUAUGAUGCCCGUCACCGGCGGUACCAUCAACAUGAUGGAGUACCUGCUCCAGGGAAGCGUUCUGGACCAGAGCCUGGAGAGCCUGCUGCACCGCCUGCGGGGCCUGUGCGACAACAUGGAGCCGGAGACCUUUCUGGACCACGAGAUGGUGUUCCUGCUGAAGGGGCAGCAGGCCAGCCCCUUUGUGCUGCGGGCGCGCCGGUCAAUGGACAAGAACGGCAUGCCCUGGCAUUUGCGCUACUUGGGCCAGCCAGAAAUAGGAGACAAGAACCGCCACGCGCUUGUGCGCAACUGUGUAGACAUCGCUACAUCGGAGAACCUGACGGACUUCCUAGUGGAGAUGGGCUUCCGUAUGGACCACGAGUUUGUGGCCAAAGGGCAUGUGUUCCGCAAGGGCAUCAUGAAGAUCACGGUGUACAAGAUCUUCCGCAUUCUAAUGCCAGGAAACACAGAAAGCAUUGAGCCACUCUCCCUCUCCUACCUCGUAGAGCUCAACGUGGUAGCACCAGCAGGACAGGAUGUAGUUUCUGAUGACAUGAGGAACUUUGCUGAGCAGCUGAAGCCUCUAGUGCAUCUGGAAAAAAUUGACCCCAAAAGGCUCAUGUGACUGGAAGGUUAAGGCAUUGGUUUUAUUAGUGUUCAUGAAGAGGAUUGCUCUUCUAAAGUUGCUUUUAAACGCAAAUCAGAACAGGGAGGGGGGGAUAAAGGGCUACAUACCAAUCUUCCGUUAACUGCAGUUACAGACUUUGUACCUUCAGUUGUGGAUGCGAACAGAAAAGGACACUAAGUUGAUGCCAUUCGAAACAAUAUUUCUAGAUUUGCAUCUCCUGUGGGAGAGAUACCUACUACAAGGCAUACUGCCUAACAAUCACAAAAUG